AUGUUUCGAGUAUUCGCUGUCGUCGCCCUGCACCUGGCAGUGACGUGUAUGGCCCAGAAUUCCUCGCUGUCCGAAGACUGCCCCGCUGAGAUCCAACACAUUGACGAGGGCAACUUGAUCUACAACUCAACACGCACAGCACGCACUAGAUUCAGAGGACAAUCUUUGCCAUGGUACAUAACUGCAGCUAUAACCGACAGACGCGCACCAAACCUCACCUUUAGAGGCGUCGAUACGAGUCAAGAGCUCAGCGUCUUUAUAAGCGUUCCCAAAACACUUCCAGAGACGGGGUCUCCAGCUGGGAGCGAUGUACGCCUCUGCUCGUCCAUGUUGAAAGCUUUGAACAGGACCUCCGAGAACCCCCCGGAUAUGGAUGCUCCUGACGACACACCGUACGCAAAUCACUCGUGCAAAGGCGUCAUUACGAACCCACGGAAUUUCUCCAGAGCCGCAGCGCGUUGCUCGGUGGACAAGAUGCCAUACAUUGAUCUGCCAACAGAUUAUAUGACUUUUGGCACUGGGCUGUGGACUGGGCUUAUCGGCGAUGAGGACCGGAAAGAUUUUGACAUGUAUGAUUUGAGGGUCCAGCAGACCAUCCCGUUGCUAUUUUCAGCUGCUGGUAUGAGUAGGCUGAUAUGUAUUGCCCCGGAUCAGGUUGUUCCGGGAAGUCGAAAGCCCCAGUUGAAGCUGGAAGAGGAUGAGCCCGAGGAAGAUGAGAACACAGCGCCGCGAGCUGGUGGCUUGGGGGCUGCUAUCUUGCUUGGUGUUGGCGCCAUGAUCUUUAGUCUUCUGUAG